CGCCGCCAGCCCCAGAAGCGGGGAGGGCGCCCUGCUGAUUUAAAGUACAACACGUCUGAGCCCAGCCACGGGCUGACGGAAGGCACGGGACUGCCCAAAGUUUGUGGGAAGAGAGCAGCCACCUGCUUUGUGGAUGUCCCCGCAGGGAGCAGAAGAGCUGGGCGGGAAAGUCGACCAAAUUGUCUCUGCUCAAAGAGUCUGCAGCCCUAUAAAACCUUUUGGGAUUGGAAUCAUGCCACUGGUUUUUGCCACAUGAUAAUAGCAGCUAUUUGAGACUCAAGCCUUCUCCCCAUUGGGUUGUUGCUAUUUUUUUCCAGCAACUCCUUCCUCCUCCCAGUGGGACCAAAGGACCAGUUUCCAGGGGACGGGGCCAGGUGCUGAGACAACAUGGACAAAUACGAAGACUUGGGCCUUGAGGCCAGUAAAUUUAUUGAGGACCUCAACAUGUAUGAGGCAUCUAAGGAUGGCCUGUUCCGAGUGGACAAAGGAGCCAGCAACAACCCUGAGUUUGAGGAGACCAGGAGGGUGUUUGCCACCAAGAUGGCUAAGAUCCACCUUCAGAAGCAACAGCAGUUGCUGCAGGAAGACCUGUUGCAGGGGAGUGGUGGCUCCCUCAAUGGAGGUGGCCGGCUAGCCCCCCAGAUCCCCCCUGCAGGACCCUUCACUCACCGGGAGGCAGGGGGGAGCACUAAGCUAUCCCUGGGGGAUGGAGCUGCUAAACCCCCUCUUGCUUCACAGUCCUUGGCAUCUGGGGCUGGGCCAGUAGCACCAGGCCCUGUGAGUCAGCUGGCCUUUCAAAGUCAGUCACACUCAUCUCUGCCACAGGGUCAGCGGGCCAGGUUGCAGCCUGAGGGCCAGAAGAGAGCUAGCCAGGACUUUAGUUAUGGAAAUGGUACUGGGAAUUCCUCGGCCUCUGGUUUGCAGGGGCUAGAUUCCAGGGGCACUAGUGGUAUCGGCCCUACUCAGGGGGCUUUCUCUUCCCUUUCUCAUGGAGAUUACUAUGACAACUAUCCUGAGCAGAAGUGGGCAGAGGAGCCCACCCAGUUCACCAGUAUCCGACCAAGCAUGGGGAGCUCUUGGCCAGGCUCCAAAACCCCAACUGACCCUCACCUGUACCAGUGCCAGCCAUCACCAAACUCUUGCAGGUCUUUUGAGAGUGGAUAUAAUAGCCAGGAUGGCAGUGGAAGUGAGGGCCACCAGCUCAGUCGGGACUCUGAAAUGAAGCCAACCGGCCAACAGCGGUCAUCUUCCUUCUCCCACACACUCAAUUCUAGAGCUCCUCCCCCACCCCCAGAAAUAGCGGCCCCCUUGGCCCUGCCACAGCAGAGGUCAUCUUCAUUCUCAGCACCGUCCACCCUAGCUGCUUCAGGUACUGCACCUCAGGGAGAUCCGUCCAAAAAAAGUGCUGGGGUAGAAAGGGAUGUUUCUAGUGGUAUGUCCAAACCCACUGAGGACUCUCAGCUCUGGUACCAUGGGAGCCCCAAAUCCUACAUUUCAAGUUCAGUGCCUGCCCCAUUGCCAACCAGCAUUGACUAUCAGCCCCCUGGUGCUGCUUACCCUAAGUCCAUCGACCACUUAGUCCCUCAUGGUCAGACUCCCCAGUCCAAUUGCAAGGACUCUGGCACAAAUCCCAAGCUGGCUUUCCCCAGCCUCUCUUCAGGGCCAGUGUCUGAUGCUCCUGGGCCUGCUUUUAGAGAGGGGCCCAAUAGCUCGCCCCCUGGCAGUGGCCAAGGGAGUGUCCAUCCAGAGAACUCCAGCUCCUCCAAAGUAAAAUUACCCUGUCAGACCCUCCUUCCGCUCCCAGAGCAAGGCUUGUCUGCAGUCGAAUUAAAAUUAGAAGCACUCGCCCAGCGCCUGGAGCAGGACAUGGCUAUUCAUCCCAAGGCUGAUUAUUUUGGAGCGUGUGUGAAAUGCAAUAAGGGCGUCUUUGGAGCCAACCAAGCCUGCCAAGCAAUGGGGAACCUCUACCAUGACAGCUGCUUCACCUGUGGGGCCUGCAGUCGGAAGCUGAGGGGGAAAGCCUUUUAUUUUGUCAAUGGCAAAGUGUUCUGUGAAGAAGACUUCCUGUAUUCUGGUUUCCAGCAAUCUGCCGACAGGUGUUUUGUAUGUGGACACUUGAUAAUGGAUAUGAUCCUGCAGGCUUUAGGAAAGUCGUAUCACCCAGGCUGUUUCCGCUGUGUAAUCUGUAACGAGUGUCUGGAUGGGGUGCCGUUCACGGUAGACACGGAGAACAAGAUCUACUGCGUCCGAGAUUACCACAAGGUAUUGGCUCCUAAGUGUGCGGCAUGUGGACUCCCUAUUCUUCCAUCUGAGGGCUCUGACGAAACUAUCCGUGUUGUGUCAAUGGAUAAAGAUUACCACGUGGAGUGUUAUCACUGUGAGGAUUGUGGAAUGGAACUCAACGAUGAAGAUGGCCACCGGUGCUACCCUCUGGAAGACCACUUGCUCUGCCAUGCCUGCCAUCUGAAACACAUCGAGAAGGGGGCCACCUCUGUGGCCACCCACCAGCAUGCCUACUAGUCCAACUUAGAACCAAUUUUGGUGCCAAUUCCCUGAAUCGGCAGCAGGGAACGUCUAAUCAACGAAUCAUGAUUUCGGUUUCAGAGACUGGGGUGUGUUUGGGUUUGGGGGAGGUGGGAGGGAGAUAAAGGAAAAGGAUGCAUGUCUGUGUGUGCAUGGUUUUGUUUUUCCAUGGCCAGGAAAGUGAAACAUUAUCCAUCCUGGUACAUUUAUCUUCCAAGUGCCUUCCUCCAUACUCAGGAGGUCUUCAGAUUACUUGGGAGAAUGCAUCAUUAUAAAGGCACAGGGAGAUUCGAUCGUGGAAAACCCAAUUAGCUGUCCUGAGACCUGUCUGCUGAGGAUAAUGUGCAUUCUUCUAUGUGAGUCAUGUUAAGUCUGUUUUAAGAUCUCCCCCCAUUCCCCAUUCAGGAUACCAACAGAUUGAUAACAGACUUUCACAGUCUUUCUUUUUCCUUAGGAAAAUAACCAUGUAUGAAACACCCUUCAGAUCUUCCUUUUGCCCCAGAAGUGAGAUUUUAGGUCUUCUUUAGGAAUCUCUGAAAAAUGGUCAUUGUUACAAAAAGAGGCAGUCUUUACAUUUUCAUUCGUGACAUAGGAGAAAUUUGCCAAGAGUGUCAAGUAGAACCAGGUGUUUAUGUGAAGCCAAGGAGGGCACCCAUAGAAAUAUCUUGUCCUCAGAGUAGUGUUUUUGGACCGGACUCCUGUUUUGGGAGUGUCUGGUGAGAAAACAUCCUGUACCAGUGCAGAUAUGCCUCUUGUGGUCUGGGAGAGUUUCCUGGGGCACUUAGACUUUCAAUGACUUGCUCAGGCUCAGAUGGCCAGGAUGUGUCAGGGCACCAUUUGAACCCAGGUCUUCCUGAUUCCAAGGCCGGUUUUCUAUCCACUAUGCCAUACCAGUCUCUCACUGGUUUUACUGACUCCUAGCACACAUGUAGUAAAUGCUUUGAUGAAUGUUUUUCUUUUUUUCAUUUUGUUGAAUCUCUUCAGAACUCUCUUUUCCUCAACUCCCCUGCCUCAACCUCCCAAGAAGCGUGGGAUCCAUAGGGUAGAUCCAAAUCUAUCAUGAGAGAAGAGCUUGGUGCAGGCACCAUUCAGCUCAUAACAGCUCCUCAGGGUUAGGCCCAGGAGCUCAAGGCUCCCGUUGCUAUGAAAUGGAUAUUGGCACGAGGGAUGGGAGGGUGUGCUGGGAACACAAGGGCCAGCUUUUCUUUAGCUUGGCUGCCAUUUUGUAUUUGGGCCUACACAGGGUUCUGGAGACAGACUAAGAGCUAGCACCUUAAAGGAUAUAAAGCAGAUCCUUUUUCUAGAGAGCCAGAUUGCUCAGGAACAUGCUCCCCAUCUUCUUGGAGAAAAGGUAUUUAAAUCAAGAAAAUUACUUCAGACGCGAAGCCACUCACUCUGAUACUCAGUGCCGUAGACCCAGAGAGGCAUCAUUGUUUAGCGGAUAGAGCCUUAUACUUGCAGUCAGGAAGACCUCGGUUCAGAUGCUCCCUCGAACGCUCACUAGCUGUGUGACCCUUGGCAAGUCAC